AUGGAGAGAGCCUAUACGGUGUAUCAUCGAUCCGAUAGGCAAGGUUGUUUUACACCGAAGGAAACUCAAAGGCGACAAGUGAUGAACGUACGUUCUGGUGGUGACGGACCAGAUGAUUCGACAGUACCAGGUCCCGAAGGCGCAAUUAACGGAUGCCUGAACUGCAACACCUCCAGCCCCCACCUGCUUCCACCAUUACUCCCAUGGCGUCCGAGUCCAUGUCGCUUCUUGGCCAUUCAACUUGAGCCCGAAUCCGACAUUGCGGUCAAUGGGCACCUACGCGAUUUGCCCAGUGAUUUCCAAGUGGCGGCGACACGGUUUGCGGCCAUGGAAGGCCCGAUGUUUGUCAUUUCGAGUAUGCAGAUGAUUUCAGAGAACAGAGGCACGAGGGAAGCACAGGAAACGCUGUUGUUCGAGGCAAUGAGAGUAGAUGAGGGGUUACAUCAAGCAGGAUUUGGUCGGUUUGCUCCAUGGCUAUUGCUUUCUGCAUACUGGUUACAGUAG